GUGUCUGUCCGGGGGGGGAACCCAGAUUCUUCUGUCCCAGCCGGGACACAUGCGCUCGGACGCCCCGUGGGGGACAAUCCGCUGGAAUGUUCGGACGUCCUGGGUGCCGUCGCCCGCGCUCAUCAUCGUUCGUCUUGAUCAUAAAAUCCAACCUUUUUUCCCCUCGGUCGGUCAGUGUCACCCGGGUUGUCUGCGCGCUCCCGCGUUAUUAAACCGAACAGAGUGGUGCUACCAGUCCCAGGUGACCUGCGAAAGCCAUUGCAAAGGGCCAGAAAAGUGGCAGGAAGUUGGAAGCAACUGCGGAAGUUCGAACCAGUCUCCGGUCAAUAUCGUCACAAAGAGGACCCUACCUGAUGAGCGUCUCGCCCCUUUCCGGUUUACGCAUUAUCAGACCAACUUUAACGGCAACAUUAAAAACAACGGCCACUCCGUCCAAGUGAACCUGGACCAUGGGCCCCUGAUUGGCAACGGAGGCCUGGAGGCGACGUACAGGGCUGUGCAGUUCCACCUCCACUGGGGCGCCGAUGGAGGUCCUGGGUCCGAACACACCGUGGACGGGGAGCGGUAUCCCAUGGAGCUCCAUAUUGUUCACAUAAAGGAAAAACAUGGCACUUUGGAAGCAGCUUUGCAGGAUCCCACCGGAGUUGCGGUCCUUGGAUUCUUCUACGAGGAGUCCGCCAGUUCUAACAAAAAGUACGACCCCGUCGUAAAUGCCCUGAAGAAUAUCGCAAGAGCUGGUAGCAGCGCUGUCGUAAACCACAUAUCCCUGGCGUCGCUCAUCCUGCCGGACGGAAACAUGACGAGCUACUACCGCUACAAAGGGUCCCUCACCACGCCGGGCUGCGCGGAAUCGGUCGUGUGGACCGUGUUCGAACGCGCCAUUCCGCUGAGCAAAGCGCAGCUCGGCGCGUUCUCCAAGCUGAAUUUCAGCGACGGGACGGCUAUGGUGAACACGUUCCGGCCGGUGCAGCCCCUCAACGGGCGCCCGGUGUAUCGGUCCGGGAGCCGCGCUCUCGCGGCCGGCGUCGCCCUUCUGGCCGCUUCCCUCUCGGCCUUCGUGGGACUUUCGCGGCCCAACUAGGCUCGGCGACCUUCCCUCGAGCUCGGCCUCUCCAGGUUCUGGCCGGAGCGAGGGGAAAAUUGCUUCGUUUCACACCCCGCAAUCAAAACGUUUCGCUCCGAGUCGCAUGUUCCCACUCGCUGAAGCAAAAGUACAGUACAUUCGGACAGACGACGUCGUCGUCGUCGUUCCUAGGUAACCCAAGCGCUCCGCACUCCUCAAUUCCCUGUGUCUCACUCUCAACGCCUUGUGCAAGAUGACUGCUUUUUGAAAGACAAAUGUUAUCACCUGGAAUUAGAAAUAUAUUCACUUUUAAAAAAACAGCUGCAGUGUAGAUGGAAGUUGAGCAGUCGCUACAGGGAACGUGUGAACUCAAACACCCGUUGCGUCAUAUACGGCACAAUCGUGGCCUUGCGGUGGUGGGCUUGUCAACAGCAUGGUAACCCAUGAUGAACAGUGUUGUUCUGAACUUCCGGUUGCACGUAAAUCCCCCCCCCCACCACGACCACACGCGGUCCGCUUCACGGACGAGGCGUAGUAGGGAGAGAGCGAACUCCUCCGAGCGCCUGACGCAGAGGCCGACCUGCCGCACCGAGGGACCGCGGGAUCGGCGCACGCGUACUUGACGUCACGAUCGCCAGCGCGUCGACCCACCCGCGUCCGCUCUUCCCCCCGGACCUCUCGUGCCGCACGCAGCCCUUGGAAACGCAGCGCUUCGCGGAUCCGUCACGGACCUCAAGACUUUGUUCGUCGCCAAGCGUAGGGGGCCAGCGGCGAUCGAAUGAUUUAUCUUCGGCCUCGAGUUUGUUAGCUUUAGAAACCCGCUUCCAACCCAUGUCAGGAAAGGGAGGAUUUUUUUUUUUGUGUGCGGUCAGGUCUUGAUCCACAGAUUUCCUUUACAGGGAUGAUGUACUUAAUCCAUGCAUUUCGCAGCACCUCCUACUGAAUAGUAUCUUCCUCACACACCUAUUUCCAUAUGUGUAGAGUGAUACUUUUGUUAUUUAUAUUCGUGUUUUAUCUUCAUUUGCAUUCCAACAUGUUCUGCUGGGUAAAAGGGAAAGGGACAAUUGAGCAUUGAAAGGACUGUUAAUCAGUUGUCUUCACACUGAAAUUAUUCCUGAGUGCAUUUGUUCUGCUGCCUGAAUUACAA